CGAGUUCAAUCAAGCAGCAUCGCGACACAGGUAAACAGCAGCAGGUGGCAUCGUCAAGGACUUCCAUUGUUACUGCCGUAGGUGGUGUGACUACCUGGUGAUAAUACGGCCCGGCAAUAUGGAGCCCGGCUCUCCCGCUGAAGGGCUGCGGGUGCAGCUCAGAGCGGACUCGGAUGCUGCCGCACCUCCUGGUGCAGCAGACAAACUGGACUCAAAAAGGGGUAAGACGCAUGCGCAGAUGCAUGCGCAAGUGGCAGCGGCCCAGGUCCACGACGUGCUCAGCCUGCUCCUCGCCUUCCGCUUCCUCAAUGCGCUCUGUAUGCGCAGCUUCUUCCAGCCGGACGAGUACUUCCAGGCACUCGAGCCGGCAUGGAGCAUUGCCUUUGGCAGCGGCAGCGGUGCCUGGUUGACCUGGGAAUGGCAACACCAGCUCCGGUCGUCGCUCCAUCCGGCGAUCUUUGGGCUGGCUUACAGGGCCGUCGAUGGGGUGAUGAGCUUCUUGCACCUGUUCCCGCCCUUUCGAGCUUUUAUUCUUGUGGCAUUGCCUGGCGCGCUGCAAUCUGUGUUUGCAGCACUGGGUGACUUCUACACCUGGAAGCUGGCCAUGGACAUUUAUGGCAGGGAGAGCAAUGCCCCGUGGGCUGCUCUGUGGGUGACGGUGCUCAACCCGUGGCAAUGGUAUUGUUCCACCAGGACGUUCUCUAACUCGCUCGAGACCACUCUGACUAUCGCCGCGCUGUGCUACUGGCCCUGGGAGAUGCUUGCCGGUGCGGAAGCAAGCCAAACCAGGCCGCUACAGCAACGAGAUAGCGUGACGAGCCUCCGGAUCUCUCUCGUUUUUGCGGCAGUCGCCGUGCUUCUACGCCCAACCAACCUGCUCAUAUGGCUGGUCGUCUUGGGGUUUUCUCUCGCUAGACUUUUGCUUACCGGAGGAUCACUACUUCCAAAGUCUACCGUAUGGGUCCUCGUCCGAGAGAUUGGGGUAUGCGGCGUGGCGGUUCUGGCUUUAUCCCUUGUUUCGGACCGCCUGUACUUCGGCUUCUGGACCUUCCCGCCGUACAAGUGGCUGUACUUCAACAUCUCGCAAUCACUGGCCGUCUUUUACGGCCACAUGCCCUGGCAUUACUACCUAUCACAAGGCGUCCCGCUGCUCACGACCACCUUCCUCCCGUUUACUCUUGUCGGGCUUUACAAGGCGGCCUCCUCACCCUCAUACAACCUCUCCACCCUGCAGUCCAACAUCCUCCGAACAUUGGCCUUCACCACAUUGGUCAUGAUCGCCACCCUAUCCCUCAUUUCCCACAAGGAAGUCCGCUUCAUUUACCCGCUCCUUCCCAUCCUGCACAUCCUCGCCGCGCCCUACAUCAGCGCCUUCUUCACGAAGCCGCCCGACGCAACACCAACACCAACACCAACAAACCAACCUGCAGGAUCCACACCCUCCCAGUCCAGUCCCGCCAUCCUCCGCCGCAAAUUAACCCUCGCCUACCUCCUCUCCCUCAACCUACUCUUAGCAGGCUACCUCUCCGUCUUCCACCAAUCCGCCCCGAUCGCGGUCCUCUCCUUCCUCCGCAGCGAGUUCGAACGCAUCCACCCGGACGCCCUAGCGAUGCAUCCCUCCGCCUCUUCCUCCGCCUCCUCCUCGUCGUCGUCAUGGGAAAACGAAAAGAACGAAGAGAAAGAACUGUUCGCCCUCUUCCUCACACCCUGCCACUCCACCCCGUGGCGCUCCCACCUCGUCUACCCCGCCCUGCGCGCCCGCGCCCUGACGUGUGAGCCGCCGCUGCAUACCGCGCCCGGGUCGCUGGAGCGCCAGACGUACCUCGAUGAAGCCGACCGCUUCUAUCUCCUCCAAGAGGGCGGGGCCGCGUUGUAUGGUGUGAGAUUCCUCGCUGAGGAGAUGUGGCCUGGCUUGGUCUCUUCUUCUUCUUCUUCUUCUUCUCAGUCUCAUAUACAGGGGUGGCGAGGGGAAGAGGAAGAGGAAGGGGAAGGGAAAGGGAAAGGGAAAGGGAAAGGGGAGGAGAUACCGAGGUAUAUAAUUGGGUUUGAAGGGAUUGAGCCGGUGUUGGAGGCGUUCUUUGGUCUAGAAGGACCCGCCAAGGGUAUGGGUGUGAGGCCCCGGAAGGUGUGGUCUGCGUGGAAUGGGUUGUUUAAUGAUGAUUGGAGACGGAGGGGAAGGCUGGUUGUUUGGGAUACAGGGGUAUAUGGCGAUUCUUAUGAGGCAACUGAUGCUGAGAGGGGAGAGGGAAGCGGGAGAGUGGUUGAUGAGCUUUGAGUGAGGAGUCGCCCUGGUGUCCCCUACCUGGAAAUGGCAACCAAAGGCAUAUCGCACGGCAACACACAAUUGGGACAACCUACAGGGGACGGGCGAAGUAUGACAUCUGGGUAUUUAUUCGGCUGCCUGUCCAGGAAAAGCCAACGC